AGCCGCUAAAGUGGGAGGGCGAGGGGCAAAGCUAGAGCUGUGAGACAAUCCGAUCUGCCGUUCGCCCCACUGCAGGCAGGGCAGCCUGCCUCUGGGACGCUGCCGAGCGGGGCUCCUUUGCACCGGGGCUUGGAGCCGAAGUCGCUAGGGUAGCAAGUAGAGAGGCUUGAAGUCUCCAUUGGUGAAAUGACCUCCUAACGGUACAGCCAACCUCAGGCAAUCAAAAAUCAGUUGGAACAGCCCAAGAAAUCACUCCGGGCAGCUGGGGCCUCCAGAGCCCUCAUUCUUCUCUUUCAGGUAUGUAGUUACUUUGUUGUUGGGCACAGGAGUGGAACCAGCUGACUUGUAGUCAUGCAAAGUUCUUUCACAGGCUGGCUAUUAGGGCUGCUGGUGAGGGGAGGGGUCCUUCUGCAUUUAAGGUUUCAUACACCUGAAUCUUCUGUUUGGAAUGAUGACAUGCUCCUGUAAGUGGGUUUCUUGGAGGGCAGUGGGAGUUAGGGGAAGUUAGAACUUUCUUGGGAAGCCAAAAGAAUUUCCUUGGUGGCCUUCUAACAGCCUUCAUAUUAUCUAAAUGUGCUGCUCAGGCAAAUGGUACUUAACCCUCUCCUUGGUUCCCUCUGUGUCUCUUCUGAAGUCUACCAUGGGUCUCUUAUUGUGUGGCUGAUAGUCCCAGAAAGCAGACGCUGAGAAGGACUGAGGGGACAUGGGAUACCUGGUCUCUUGGACUGAUCUGAUGCUUCUUCUGCUCUGUGAGUUCUGCCUUGGGGCUGGCAGAGUGAGCAGAUACCUUUCUAGGGUGUGAGGGAAGCUUUUUAUAACUGGGAAUGUGCAAGAGGAGAAGAGCAGCAGCAAAGCAUGUCAAUCCUAUGUUAACCAAAACUUGCCUGGAACAGGCCUGUCUAUACUCCUUACUCAGGCCUGUCUCCCCCUGCCACCCCUCAAAGGGUAGUGGUGCUCAGGACCAUCCUAAGCACCACCAUCAGGGCAAUUCUCAUGUGGCAGCAGUGCCAGGAUCCCAGUCCAGCCAAAAUUAUGUAUUGGGCUGAAUAGGAAUUGGUAGUGACAGUGUAUCGGUGUGGGGUGAGAUGGGGCCUUUGUCACCUUCUACACUGGAUUCCCUGUGCCCAACACAGAAAUGUGGUGACAGAGACUGUGUCGUAAUGUAAAUUGGGAUGUUCCCAGGAAGCUGGUUCUGCCCGGAAACCCAAGCACAUUCUUGGAUAGAUGGCACUAGGUGUGGCUAUAGUUCCUUUCCUAGCCCGGUAGGCUGCACCCCAUUCAGGACAUGCCUUCCUGGUGACCAUUGGGUUUUGUUUUCUCUAGUCAGUAACUGAUGUAAUCCCUUAAUCCUCCUCACUCUUUUAUAUUGGGACACUAGAGUCAUCUCUUUCAACACAACUUAUUUUAAGUGUCUCAAGGCUGAACAUGCUCAGUAGUUUAAUGUCUCUUCCUUUGAUGGUCUUGGCGAAAAAAGAAGGAGUCUCUGCUGAGGCAUCUGCUGAGGCGAAAGGUGCUGGACUUACCAGUGUCUCCAGGACAGGUACAGCCUGAGUGGUGGCAGGGCCAGUUUCCUCCCUUCUAAUGUGCCACAGGCCUCUCCUGGAUGGGUCCCUUCUAGCGGGGAGAGGAGUUGAAUCUGCAUGGCCUGUUUCGUGCUGGAACUGAGUAAGGGGGUUGGUUGGUGCCAGUCGUGCUCUGAUAUGGACACUUGCCCAUUGGCAACUGGACUUGCCCAACUCCCUUCCAUAAGUAUUGAGUUGUCGGGAUGGUGUGUGGCUGAGUCCCUGACAGUGUCAUACUACAAACAGCUCUUCUUUCUCUUCCAGCUGCACUGAAAUCUGCAAACAUUCUUUGCUGCAAGAAAACCAGGGUUAUGUCAUCAGAAGAUGAUGUUGUUGGGGAGGCUCUUGGGGGCAGUUUUUGGGAGGCUGGUAACUACAGGCGGACAGUGAAGCGUGUAGAUGAUGGGCACCGUCUCUGUAAUGACCUCAUCUCCUGCUUCCAGGAGCGAGCCAAGAUUGAGAAGAACUAUGCCCAGCAGCUAACAGACUGGUCCCGCAAAUGGAGGACCGCUGUAGAGAAGGGCCCUCAGUAUGGCACACUAGAGAAGACUUGGCACGCCUUCCUGACAGCUGCAGACAAGCUGAGCGAGAUCCAUCUAGAGGUGCGGAACCAUCUUGCUGGAGAAGAUGCAGACAAGAUCAAGGCCUGGCAGAAGGAGGCCUACCAUAAGCAGAUGAUUAGUGGGUUCAAGGAGACUAAAGAGGCAGAGGAUGGAUUCCGUAAGGCCCAGAAACCCUGGGUGAAGAAGCUGAAAGAUGUGGAGACCUCUAAGAAGAACUAUCACACAGCCCGGAAGGAUGAGAAGACCGCACAGACACGUGAGAACCAUGCCAAGGCAGAUUCCUCCAUCUCGCAGGAGCAGCUGCACAAGCUGCAGGAGCGUGUGGAGAAAUGUGCACAAGAAGCUGAGAAGUGUAAGGAUCAGUAUGAGAAGAUGCUAGAUGAGCUAAACCGCUACAAUCCCCGCUACAUGGAGGACAUGGACCAGGUGUUUGAGGGCUGCCAGGAGGCAGAGUGCAAGCGACUGUGCUUCUUCAAGGAGAUGUUCCUGGAUCUACACCAACAUCUCAACAUCUCCACUAAUGAAAGUUUCCAUGCGCUGUACCGGGAUCUGUACCAGGGAAUCGUGGCUGCAGAUGACCAGGAGGACCUGAAAUGGUGGCGCAACACUCAUGGGCCAGGCAUGGCCAUGAAUUGGCCACAGUUUGAGGAAUGGACUCUGGAAACCCAGCGCCCAAUCAGCAAGAAGGAGAAAAGCAGUAAAAGUGCUGAAGAUGUGACGCUGACCAGCAUUGUGCCCACACGGGACGGUGUCUCUCAGACCCCUCCACAGACCCGGCGAGGCGGAGGGAAAGAGGACGUGUCAGAGUGGUCCGAUGACGACACUCCCAAGAAGUGCCUGGAUGCCAAUGGGCACGAGGAGGACAUAAAAGUACCAGGUGUACAGGUGCGAGCGCUGUAUGAUUACACAGGACAGGAGGCUGAUGAACUGAGCUUUAAAGCAGGUGAAGAGCUAAUGAAGAUCAGUGAAGAGGAUGAGCAGGGCUGGUGCAAAGGCCAGCUUCACACUGGGCAGGUUGGACUCUAUCCUGCUAACUAUGUCAAGAGGGUGGGAUCAUGAUUGCUCAUCCUGAGGUGUGUGUGUGUCACAUGUAUAUCAGCAUCUCCUGCAGAAGUCACCAGGUCACUGCUGGGCUCCUAACCCACAUCAACAGCAUGUGUAGCAAUUUCUGGACUCUGGGGACAUUUAUUUCUUGUAAUCAAUGCUUCAUUUUAAAAUUCUAGAGCUGUAGGGAUUUUCUAAUAAACAAAGACUGGGUAAA